CCACUGCGAAAGCUCUGUAGGCCAUGCUCACAGAGGCGUCUCUAUACACUCCUUUUUGCUGGUGUCAGUGUUGUUGGUUUUGGUUCAUUCUUUUACCAUCUCAACCCGAAAAAUGACACCCUAUUUUGGGACACAUUGCCAAUGAUGAUCGCUUUCACAUCUUUUGAGGCCAUUUUCAUUAUCGAAAGGUUUGAUGAUUGGGCAGGAACAAAGUCGUUUGAAUCAACGAGCUACUGGUUAUGGGCAGCAGGAUUUUACGUUCUUGCAAGAGUAGAAGAAGUUGCAGACAAACCAAUUUAUACGUGGACACUUCAUAUUUUCAGUGGGCAUACUCUUGGUCAUUUAUGUGCUGCAAUGGUGCCUCUUUUUUUCAUUCUCAUGUUAGUGAAAAGGACAAGGCCAAUUCAACCAGAAAGACACAUGAUUGUGCAUCAUCAAUUAAAGCUUGCUUUCAUGAUCUGCUUAUUGGUGCCCAAGAUGAUCUACCUAUGGAUGCCCAAGUUACAGGUUAGUGCCAUAAUGUAUGAAAUCAGCAUUUUGAUGUGGGAGUUCAGUGCUCGUUAUGUGGCUAAUCAGGCAAAGACCUCUGAGGAGCGAGGAAUGUUAGAAACCCCAAUUCGUGCUCGGCAAAUAGUGCCUCGUAUUCGCGGCCUUUAUGGGAUGGAUAUUUAUAAGAAUAAGGUCUUGAAUUCUUACAAAGUGAACGAUCGGAUGAGUCUAUAUUUGGAUUAUGGGGCACGUCAGGUGUUGGCAAGACACGGCUUCUUUCACUCAUCGCUGAUAGCUAUGCUGAUUCAUUUCGUCAUGUCAUAUUUCUUGAUGGUGGCAGUAGCGUGAGAGUUAUGCAAAAUCAUGUCGCAUAUUUUUUGAAAUUGGAUUGGGAGACAAUCUCAUUGUUAGAGGAGCAUUAUACCGAGCUAAAAUCAUCAUGGAGUACCUAGAGCAUGUCAGUUUUUUGGUUCUGUUAGACGAUGUGCAAGAUGAAGUCUACCCAGAUUUGACAGCUGUUGGUUUGACGAUGGCUCUUGGGCAUCGGCAAAAGGUUAUUCUUACGUCGAGGAGUCAGGUAGUAUGUGCUCGCAUGGGAUGCACCAUAUCAAACACUCUUGAGAUGAAGUGUCUCGGGGAUGAAGAUGCUUGGAGUCUUUUCGAGUAUAAUGCGGGAGUAAAAAUCACAGAAGCUGAUAAUGAAAUUUGUGAAUAUGCAAAACAGAUGGUUUCAGCAUGUGGAGGGUUGCCUAGAGCCAUAUGUGCUAUUGGCAUAGGCGUAGCCGGAGCCACUUGCAGGGGAAAACAUCCAGAUGAUUGGUGGUUUACCUACAAGCGUUUCAAGGGUAAAAAGUAAAAAUCUGCCACCAGAACGAAUGGAAGAAAUAGUCCCUGUUCUGGUUUAGGCAACUUGUGCGUGGCUCGUGGGAGCUGUGGAGACAUGGUUGGACUUCAUUACAUGUUGCUGCCACAAUCAAGAGUUGGAAGAGUCCAGAUGGCGGCAGUUUGAUGCUUACUUGUGAAUAUGGUGUCAGUCUUCUGAUGCGUAAACACAGAGCAGAACACCUUCAUGCUCCAACGGAAUGCAAGAGAAGAACAUACUUGUUGUGGAUGCUAAAUUCUGUGCUUGUUUGUUUUGCUGUCUGUCUCAUUCCGUCA